GACACAGUCAGGGUAGCAAUCGGAAGUUGUUAGGUGCCAAACGGUGCUAGUGUUUUAAACUUGUUUUAAAUUCAGACAUGGCUGUAGACUGGAUUGGCUUCAGCUAUGCUGCUCUGGUGUCGGCAGGAGGACUCAUUGGUUAUGUAAAAGCCGGCAGCGUUGCCUCUCUGGCUGCAGGGCUGCUGUUCGGCCUGCUGGCAGCUCUAGGUGCUUAUCUGGCAUCUCAAAAUCCCAAGAAUGUCUGGCUUUCACUAGGCACCUCGGGGAUCCUGACUGUGGUGAUGGGACUGAGGUUUCUCAACUCCUGGAGGUUCAUGCCAGCUGGUUUAAUGACUUUACUAAGUGGACUAAUGCUGGUGAAGAUUAUCACUGGAAUGCAAAAUAAACCACAUACAUCUUGAAACUAUUUAAAUAUACAUUUCUGUGUGUCAGUAUAUAUUUUUGACAUAAUAAAAAAAGAAAGUGUGCAUUCACAAACA